AUGAUACCGCACGCACCAAAACCUUUGAACGAGACUCAAGAAGAUGAUUAUGAAUUUGAAUACGAGAAAACUAAACAGAUCAGAUGGUACGAUAAAAUUUUGCUAAACAGACCAAUUAAAGUGAUAUUAGUUUCGUUGGUAGUAGCCGUUGUUGCUCCAGUUUUGAUCUACCGAUUCCUAUUCUUCACCAGCAUUGAUUUACCUCCCACAGAUGGUUUUUCAUUUGGCUCCUGUCUCGUAGCCAGACCUUUAAGACUGCCGUGCGGCUAUGCUAAUGUGAACUCCGAGCAAUGCCAUCCACAUUGCUGCUAUGACUUUAGGAGCAAAACUUGCUUCCAUAGAUUCCCAUCAAGGUUUUCCUACGUCAUGGACCGAGUGUGGGACGAAGAUGUCGUCUUAUCAGCCAGAGUAGCGACCAUUCCGUUCUCGUUUCAGAAUAGUUUACCAAGAAUCAAACUGUCAAUUGACGAGGUAUCCAAAAGUCAUUUAUCGUUAAACUUUUACAAUCCAGCAUUAGUCGAAAUACCUCACGGUAAUAGAUUAGAAGAAAAGAAUUAUUUUUACGAUGUUGCUUCACCAGAAUUGAACGUGGUAGUAAAUUCUACUGAAAGAAUGAUUUUCAAUACGAACAGAGGUCCUCUUGUUGCAUCACAAAACAUAUGGGAGCUAACAUUUUGGUUGACAAAUGAAUCUAUGUACGGUCUGGGCGAAAUACCAUUGGAAAAAACAACUAAAGUUCUUUACAAUCAUAACGGCGGAAUCAGUGGGAUUCCAUUAAUUUUCGCAAAGUCAGGUCAUAGUUACCACGGGAUAUUGAUCGAGGCAGUAGCACCCACUGUUAUAACAAUUCGAAAAGAAAACCAAAUCGUACUCCGGAGUAUAACAAGUUUGGGAGUGAAAUUACAUUUGUUUGUGGGUCCGAAGCCUGCGGACAUAAUGCGAGAUGUAAGGAAUUUACUCGGAGUAAAUAAACGAAUGGAGUAUUGGAUGUUCGGAGCCCAUAUCUGCAGUGAAACGACACCAAACACAGCUCUGACCGUUACCCAGCUCAAUAACUUUAUAAAUACCCUCGGUCGUCAGAACGUGCCCUUCGAUAGUCACUGUGGUGUUUCUCCGAUCAUAUGGGAUAACGAUUGCACUCGUGCGAAAAUCACUCUCGUCAACAACGGCGCUCGAGCCGUGAGGAACGCCAGGAAACGUUUUAUUCCACACAUGAAGCCAUACGUGCGUGAAGAAAUGGAGCAAGAGGAAGAAGAAGAGCCAGAUAUAGUACUCCCGAGAACAGCCACACGACCCCCUGCCUGUUUCGAUGUAAGACCAUUUAGAAGUAUGAUGCUUCAAAGCAAUUCUGGUGGCUUCUACAAAGGAUUGGUGAAAGAUGAAAAAGUAAUUUAUCCAGAUUACAAAAAUAUUAGUCUAGAAUUCAUUCAGAAAAUGUGGGUGUACAAUCUACCAAUAGACGGAAUGCUAUUAGAAGAUACAUGGCCUUUGGAUGAAAGUGAUAAAAAAGUCGAUAACAUGCAGAAUUACCUUCCAUAUUUUAAUAAGUAUCUAGAAGCUGCUUUUAACCAUACUCCAAAAUGGAACGCAACUCGCACGGAUGGCAAAAUAUACAUGCAUAACCACAAUGAAUACGGGAACUAUUACGUUGAUUCUCUAAAAGAAGUUCUAGGAGAAGUUCCCACGUUUACAUCCAGUCAAUUUUUAAGCGGCAAAAUCAUAAUUAACCGUCAAAAUGUCUCCACUACUUGGUCUGGUCUACAUCGAGAAAUCACAGAAGCAGCCUUGGGAGGUGCAUCAGGCAAUUGGUUAUGGUCGUCUCCGAUUUGCGGGGACACCGAGCAUUUGGAAAUCAACACACACAAUAAUCUGUGCGUGAAAUGGUACAUGGCAGCAACUUACAUGCCAAUGAUAAAAAUUCAUUCCAGGGAUGGGGGCAGAGACCCAUUAUCUUUUGAAGGGACCCAUAGGACUUUGAUGAUAAAUGCCAUGAGAACAAGAAUCAGUUUAGCCCCUUACUUCUACACUGUAUUACAGAAUGGGCCUCUUCUCAGGCCAAUGUUUUUCCAAUACCCAGAAAUAGAUCAGCUAAAGGAUACCAGCACACAGUUUAGUGUUGGGAAUGACUUGUUAAUAGUUCCGAAUUUGCAACCAUCACAAAGUCACGUACAUGUUUGGUUGCCGUCCGAGUCCUGGUAUGAGCUAUGGAGUGGUUUAAAAAUUGAAGGUAACGUAGGAGACGCAGUAACUAUGACAACAACAGAAUCUGACUUCUUAACUAUGGUACGUGCAGGAUCUAUCAUCGUUUUGCAGAAGGAUGUAACACUAACUGCUGUUGAUACGCGCCUUCGUUCUCAAUAUUCUCUUACAAUAGCUCUUAAAUGUAAAGAAAAAAAUACAGAAACUGACAUAAAAUGCCAUGCUAAAGGAGAAUUGUUUAUGUCUGAAUCAAUGACCAUGAUUUUUAAGGCCGAUGACAAGAGCCUUACAAUACAAGCAGAAGGAGAAGAUUUUGAUAUUCUUUGUAAACCGAGUGGUGCAUUAUGGGCUAAUGUUAUCAGAGAAAUCAUUUUAUAUGGUUUAAAUGAAGAUUUGAAUAAUUUUGAUAAUUUUAAACAAAUAAGGACCUCUAUAAAUUUAUGUCAAUUGCAAACCGAAACUCAAAUUGUAUUUUAUUACGAUGACUAA